UCAGAUUUGUAGCUGAUUGUUCACAUGUGUCCAGGAGGAGAUGAAGUACAUUGGAUCCUGCAUAGUUUGGCUUUGUAUGACAGUCUUCCUCCUCCUUCCUGUCUCUACUUCUGUGGCUGUCAGUGACCAGACAGGUGCCGUGUGUCCUUUAAUGAAAACAGUUGUCCAUCAUCUCAAACAAAUCAACAGAGACAGUCUUGGUGUUUCAGGGUUCGAUCUGGCAGAAAGCUUUUCUUUGAGGCAAACAACUUGUGGAGGGGAAAAAAUCUGUUUUAAACUGGGAAGCGCUCCUCUCGUCAGAGACACGAAGCAAGUAUUUCCAAAUGGGCUUCCUGAGGAAUAUUCUCUGGUUACUACGUUCCGUGUACGGCGGAGUACAAAGAAAGAGCGUUGGUAUAUAUGGCAAGUUUUAAAUCAGUAUGACACACCUGAGAUCUCUAUCCUUCUCGAUGGUACAAAAAAGGUUGUGGAGUAUAUGACCAAAUCUGCUCAGGGAAAUAUACUGCAUUACACGUUUAAGAGUCGAGAAAUUUAUCCAUUGUUUGAUCGGCAGUGGCAUAAGCUUGGUAUUAGUGUGCAGUCAGGGAUCAUUUCCCUCUAUUUGGAUUGUAAUUUAAUUGAGAGAAAGCAGACUGAUGAAAAAUUCACCAUUGACUUGCAGGGAAGGACUCUGAUUGCUUCCCGUGCUGCAGAUGAUAAGCCUGUAGAUAUUGAACUUCACCGCAUAACAAUUUAUUGUAAUCCAAAACUUGUAACAGAAGAUGCAUGUUGUGAAAUAUCUGCAGACCUAUGCCCACGUGAGGAGAGGUUACUUACUACAACUUCAUCACCAGUGACUGCUCAUACCAGCAAAAUAUACACACUUCCAGGAAUGCAGCAAGAAUCUAGAGAGAGAUGCCACUGCUUUCUGAAUAAAGGAGAAGCAGGAUUGCCAGGAGUAGCUGGUUUGCCAGGCCAGAAAGGAGAAAAAGGCGAAAAGGGAGCAACUCGAAAUAAGUGUUGUAACUCAGACAGAGAGACAGUGGAUAGGAAUUCUGAGUUCAGGGAUUGGAGUUUGACAGGAGGAUACCUGGAAUGUCCUAAUCCAGAG